UGACUUAGUUUAGCGACAGCCGACUCUGGGCACAGCUGUCGCCUUUUCCUAAUUCCCUAUCAGUCCUCCUUGACACCCUUCCUCGACCUCAUGACGUUUUCCACCGAGGUCAAGGAAUCGUAGGCUCUUAUACAGUCUAUGGUGAAGCUGAACUGUCAGUGAAGGGGUUAAGAUUUUUAAUUUCCUCCAGGCGAAGAGGCGGUACUUGCUGCUAACAGGCUGCCUCCAUGGUAGAUCCUCUCAUCCUCUCUGAAUAAAAACUGCGUCACAACCAGCCAGAGUUUUCCCCUUACGUUGAUCCUGCGUUGGCAUCGCUCCACUUCUCCUCCGACAAACGCAAUCGGGCAGGAUGUCUGUCUCCAUGGACAAAGGGGAUGGGGUCACUGUGUUGACUUUGACCUUCGACUCCCAAAGUUCUUGCCCUCCGCUGUGCCAGAUCUUCAAGUCCCUCUGUUACAGCCCUGUUUGGUGCUCUGUGUCCCAGCACAUCAGGAGCCUCCAUAGAACGUCUCAGACAGUACUGGGGGCGAUGCACAUUAUGGUUGGUUUGAUCAACAUUGGCCUUGGAGUUAUUCUGCUUAACAGUGGAAGUGGCUCAGGGUGGCAAAUGGAUGAAACCUUGUUUCCUGUUUGGAUGGGAAUAUUGUUUAUCGUGUUUGGCAUUAUGUGUAUUUUGUCUGAGAAGUUCCCCAGUCCAUGUCUGGUCAGCAUCAGUGUGAUUCUGAACAUGGCAGGAGUCGCUUUUGCUGUAACAGCCAUCGUACUCUACAGCAUCAAUUUGGCUAACGUUGAUUUUUGGUGGCUGUGUGAACAUGAUGAUUAUGAAUACAGAAACAGACGCGUAGCACCUUUGACACAGUCUCCUGAGGAGAGCCUCAUCCAGGAGAAAUGCUGGAGAGGCCAAGAGCUGACUCUGAUGCUCGUAAGAAGCAUCAAUGCCGUGCUGAUCGUCCUGUCCGCCCUGGAGCUCUGCGUCACCAUCAGCUCUGUCGUCCUAGGGAUCAAGGCCCUGAGUAGCAGGAAGAGGGAGGACAGCGAGGCAACGUGUGACCCAGAGCUCCACAAGCCACUUCUGGAAGAAGUAACCGCCUAGUAACUCUAAACCAUAUAAACGAAACUCUCUGCUUUGCACUAUCUUAGGUACCAGGAACUGUAAUCUUUAGCAAUAUUGCCAUUUUAUGUACUGUAACAUCAAUGUUUGACACAAAUUCAGCUGGUACCAUCUCUGCUAAACCUCUGACUCUUUUCCUACAAGGUUUGGUCAAAAAAAAUAUUUGCACUUGUUGUUCAGAGUUGUUUUGGUAAUAAUCUACAUGGUAUGUGUUGCUUUCCAUUUCAUUUCUUUGGGGAGGUUUUUCAAUCUGUCCCCAUUAAUUAUGAUUUUAUACCAAGUAACAUUCUUUGUUUCAGUUGGUUUGUAGGUAAAAAAAAAAGAAAAAAGAAAGGCCAUGUAUGUGUGUGUGCUUGGCAAUAAUAGAAUGAUAUGUUUUUUUUCUGCUAUUAUACAAUAUUAAGCCAUGUUUAGAAAUAAAGCAUCAAAACCACUGUCUGUCAAAUGCAGUAUGUUAUUGUUGUAUUUCUGCAGUGUACAUUAAAGUGUGAGACAGAA